AUGAGACAUAAAAAAACCCACACAGGUGACAAGCCGUUUUCCUGUUCUGAAUGCGGGAAAUGUUUUUCUGAGAAGUCAGACUUUGAGAGGCAUCUGAGAACCCACACGGGGGAGAGGCCAUAUUUAUGCUCUGAAUGCAAUAAGAGUUUUCCUCAGAAGGAACAACUUAUUACCCACCAGAGAAUUCACACCGGAUUAAUGCCCUAUUUGUGUUCAGAGUGCGGGAAAUGUUUUUCGUUGAAAGGCCGUCUAGUCAUACACCAGCGAACUCACACUGGCGAGAGUCCAUAUUCCUGUUCAGUAUGUGGGAGAGAUUUUAAAAACAAGUCAAAUCUGAUUAGACAUGAGAAGGUCCACACUGGUGAUCGUCCACAUUUAUGUUCUGAAUGUGGGAAAGGCUUCACUGAUAAAUCAGAUCUGAUGAGACAUGAGCGAGUCCACACAGGUGCUCAGCCGUAUUCCUGUUCUGAAUGCGGGAAACGGUUCUCGUAUAGGUCCACUCUGGUGUCACAUCUCAAUACCCACAAGGUUCAAAAGUCCCCUACGGUAGAAGGUGAAAGCUAA